AGUAAAUGCAGUUUGUUUGAUACCAUUGAAUGGUGGAAUGGUUUGGUCCGAUAUCAAUUAAUGGCGCCCACCGGAAACCCUGGUUUUCUUGUUCUUUUCUCACCCUAAAACCUUUCAGUUUCUGAACAAAAACGAUUUUUUUUUUCAUCUGGAAAUCUACCCAGAAGAGAGAAAGGAGAGAGGAGGAGAGGAAAGAAGAAGAAAAAAAAAGGGUGUUUUUAUGCUGAGGAGGAAAAGCCAUGAGCUGGCGAAGAGUGGCGAAGUCCCUGCAGGCUCUCACAGCCCAUUCCUUGCUUCUCUCCUUCACCCUUCUUCUCGUCCUCAAGCUCCAUCACACCAUAUCCUACUCUUGGUGGAUUAUCUUUUUCCCACUUUGGCUAUUUCAUGCAGUUGUUGCUCGAGGAAGAUUCUCUUUGCCUGCCCCACUAGUUCCACAUAAUCGUCAUUGGGCACCGUGUCAUGCUGUUGUUGCAACACCGCUGCUUAUUGCAUUUGAACUUCUCCUUUGUAUAUAUCUCGAAAGCAUUUAUGCUUAUGGUCAUGCAGCUGUGAACUUGAAGAUCAUCUUUCUUCCCUUGUUGGCCUUUGAAAUAACAAUACUAGUUGACAAUUUCAGAAUGUGUAAGGCGCUAAUGCCAGGAGAUGAAGAAAGCAUGAGUGAUGAAGCAAUAUGGGAGACACUUCCUCACUUUUGGGUUGCAAUCUCCAUGGUCUUCUUUGUUGCUGCUACAUUGUUCACCCUUCUAAAGCUAUGUGGUGAUAUAGGUGCUCUAGGCUGGUGGGACUUGUUCAUAAAUUUUGGCAUUGCAGAGUCCUUUGCCUUCCUUGUUUGUACAAAGUGGUCUAAUCCAGUGAUCCAUAGAAAUUCUCACACAACAGAAGCUGGUUCAUCUUCUACAACUAUUAGAUAUCUUGACUGGAACAGUGGUUUAGUAGUUUCUACAGAUGAGGAUCAGCACCAGGAUAGAAUGUGUGGGCUGCAAGACAUUGGUGGUCAUAUCAUGAAAGUUCCAUUAAUUGGAUUCCAAGUCCUUCUUUGUAUGCGCUUAGAGGGAACACCUGCUGCUGCUAGAGAUAUCCCAAUUCCAGUUCUUUUUUCACCUAUUUUCUUACUUCAAGGCGCUGGGGUUCUGUUUUCUGCAUCAAGGUUGGUUGAGAAAAUUGUUCUUUUACUACAUAAUGGAGCUGGGACAGGAAGAUAUUUUACAUAUUCUUCUAGAGCUCAUGAUUGCUUUGGGUUCCUGCACCAUGGUUCCAGGCUCCUGGGUUGGUGGUCCAUUGAUGAAGGAAGUCGUGAAGAACAGGCACGACUUGUCCAUGAUGGGGCAGGAUAUAACACUUUCUGUGGUUAUCCUCCUGAGAUAGUGAAGAAAAUGCCUAAAAAGGAUCUUGCUGAGGAGGUGUGGAGACUUCAAGCUGCACUUGGUGAGCAAUCAGAAAUCACAAAGUACAGUAAGCAGGAGUAUGAAAGACUUCAAAAUGAAAAAAUUUUAUGUAGAAUUUGCUUUGAAGGAGAGAUCAGCGUGGUUCUUCUUCCAUGCAGGCAUCGUAUCCUUUGCAGUACCUGCUGCGAGAAGUGUAAAAAAUGCCCAAUUUGCCGUGUCCCAAUCGAGGAACGCUUACCUGUGUAUGAUGUAUAGGCUUUUUAACUGACACAGUUUUCGUUUUGUAAGCCCCCAUGAAUUGGAGUUCACAUAGAAGGAGAGGUUUAAAAGGCUUUACAGGAAAAUGCUACACGGUUCUUUUUUUCUUGUAUUUUUCCCUUCUUGUUUUCCAGAAGCAUUUUGAAAUAGUGAAGUGGUGUUUGCUCCAUUUAAUGGAAAGCAAGCAGUAGGGGGCUAUGGGUAUAUCAAGAUUGGCUUGUUGCUUUCCUAUUUGUAAAUAUGCUAACUCUUUUUGAAGAAAAAUUGUACCUUUGAGCAGGGUGCAAUAUGCCCAAAAAAAGCCACUGUCAUUUUCAUUUCUUCCCUCGGAA